AUGAAUUUCAUAUGCCUCCAUCAUGUUAGGUUACAGAGCAGUUCAAAUAGCUAUACCCUGUCAGAUGAUAGUACUAGCAGUUCAGAUAGCUAUACCCUGUCAGAUGAUAGUACUAGCAGUUCAGAUAGCUAUACCCUGUCAGGUGAUAGUACUAGCAGUUCAGAUAGCUAUACCCUGUCAGAUGAUAGUACUAGCAGUUCAGAUAGCUAUACCCUGUCAGAUGAUAGUACUAGCAGUUCAGAUAGCUAUACCCUGUCAGAUGAUAGUACUAGCAGUUCAGAUAGCUAUACCCUGUCAGAUGAUAGUACUAGCAGUUCAGAUAGCUAUACCCUGUCAGAUGAUAGUACUAGCAGUUCAGAUAGCUAUACCCUGUCAGAUGAUAGUACUAGCAGUUCAGAUAGCUAUACCCUGUCAGAUGAUAGUACUAGCAGUUCAGAUAGCUAUACCCUGUCAGAUGAUAGUACUAGCAGUUCAGAUAGCUAUACCCUGUCAGAUUAUAGUACUUGGACAAUAGCAAUAGCAGACGGGCUUUUCUUGCUGAAUGCUACAGACAUUUUCACAAAAAAUACUGAGCAAAUUAAUUGCAGGGGGGAAGUAAUUUUCUAA